AUGCCGUUCUCCUGGUGUAGAAUUAUCGGUCUUCUGUCGGUUUGUUUGCUUGCACUAGUGACGGCACAAGAUUAUUACGGUAUUUUGGGUGUUGCAAAGGAUGCAUCCGACAAAGAUAUCAAGUCUGCGUAUCGACAGCUAUCCAAGAAGUAUCAUCCAGAUAAAAAUCCUGGAGAUGAGGAUGCUCAUCACAAAUUUAUCGAGGUUGGUGAGGCAUAUGAGGUGUUGAGCGACGAUCAAAAACGUCAAGUGUACGAUCGCUACGGAGCCGAUGCGUUGAAAAACGGAGGCAAUGGAGGCCCGGGAGGACCAGGAGGACCUCAUGGUGGAUUUGGGGGUGGUUUUGGAGAUCCCAUGGAUAUGUUUGAGCAAAUGUUUGGAGGUGCCCAUCGUGGCGGACAUAGAGGCAGACCUCGUGGCCAUAACCUGGAGGCAAGAGAAGAACUUACUCUAAAAGAAUACUAUCACGGCACUACCUUAGAUUUCACAUUGAACUUGAACGAUUUUUGCGAUCAUUGCCAUGGAUCUGGUUCUCAAGAUGGUAAAACAACGCAAUGUGGACAAUGUCAGGGCCAGGGUGUGGUUAUCCAAGUGGUAAGAAUGGGGCCCAUCACGCAGAAGCUUCAGCAAAUCUGUGGUGCAUGCCAAGGCAAAGGCAACAUCAUUAAAAACAAAUGUCGCACAUGCAAAGGCGCAAAAGUUGAGAGAAAAGCCAAACCGUUCCAUGUUGACGUGCCUGCUGGUGCACCUAGGGAUUUCGUGGAUGUCAAAACUGGCGAAGCUGACAAGGGACCCGACUUUGACUCUGGAGACGUUUUUAUCAAGUUUACGGAAUCAUCCAGAAACAAUAUGGGCUACAGAAGACGCGGUGCACAUUUAUACAGAACUGAGGCAUUGAGCUUGGAAGAAGCACUCAAAGGCGGAUGGAACAGAAAUAUUGAGUUUUUCGACAAGAACAAGAAGGUCAACUUGUCUCGUAAAGCUGGCGUUCCGGUAAGACAUGGAGAAGUCGAACGUAUACCGCACUUUGGUAUGCCAAUACCAGGCAAAGCCAACACUUUUGGUGACCUUUUCGUGGAUUACGUGGUCAUCAUGCCAACCAAAGUGGCAGACCAACUGAUAAAAGACGAAUUGUAA